AUGAAUGAAUUAAAAAUGUCAGAUUUUAAGGGCAAUGAGAGUAAGGCAGCCCUUGUGGUAUCAAAUAAUCUCCAACACCAGCAUUGGAAAGAGUUUGUCUGCGGUGGAGGAUCUGCCUUCUGCAACAUUCUCAUUAGCUAUCCAUUAAAUAAAGUCAUAUUUAGACAGAUGAUGCAUGGAGUUGAAGCUACAUUUGCUCUCAAUCAACUCCAAAAGGAAGGCUUGGGUUAUUUAUACCGUGGAAUGUUGCCGCCUCUGUUACAAAGAUCAAUGUCUAUGUCUCUCAUGUUCGGUAUAUACGAUGAAUGUCUUCAGCCAUUGUUACAUUACGACAUAAACCCUCAUCUCUCCAAGAUGAUAGCCGGAGUGGUCGCUGGCUGUUUUGAAGCCACCCUCAUGCCGUUUGAACGUCUCCAAACAUUACUGAUCCAUCCAAAGUAUCAUCAAAAGUUCAAGAACACUGCAGACGCAGCUAGUAAUAUAUAUAAGCACUAUGGAAUCAAAGAGUUUUAUAGAGGGCUCAUACCAAUUUUAUUAAGAAACGGUCCAUCGAAUGCCCUGUUUUUUGUCAUCAGAGAUGAAGUGCGCUUGAGAUUGCCUCGUCAGGAGAAAUUAGUUUAUGAUAGCUUGCAGAAUUUUCUAGCGGGUGCUUCGAUAGGUGCUUUUCUUAGCACGCUCUUUUAUCCAUUGAAUGUUAUAAAAAUUGGCAUGCAAUGUGAGCUUGGUGGUCCUCAUAGGAAGUUGUUGUAUGAAUUCAAUUAUAUUCUACGCAAGCGGGGUUCGAAGUUCGAGCAACUCAGUGAACUUAUCACAGACUGUGAGCGGCCUAAAUUCCGGGUGGACUACAGAUAUGAGAAGGCUUUCAACACGUUUUAUAAGUUGCACCCCGAAGGCGUUAGUUGGCAUCAUUCACGUAUACGUUGUGAGGCCGAGGGGACGGAGUUGAUGGUUCCAGAUAAUCUGGACGAAGCUGACAGCAUACCACUUCUAGUCGCUCCUAUUCUUACCAAAUAUCAAGGCGUCUACGUCGGUAUACACGAUUUGUAUUCAGAAAGAACAUUCGUCACAAUUAAAGGAUAUGAAUUACAAAAUACUAUUCUGGAUUUAUUGUGGGAAUUGAGUCAGCCGGAGCAUAACGGAGGCCGAUGUGUCGCUGCUCGUCGUAACGGCCGAUUAUUUGUCCAUCCUUGUUCAGAACCGAUGCCAUUCGUUUGUAAAAUAAAAGCCUCUAACGUCACAUACUAUCCUGAAUGUGACACUUUUCAUUCGAGCUGGAAAUUAGGACCGAAUGGGACGUGUUACAUAACACACACGGAGCCUCAGACGUGGUAUGAGGCGUAUUCGACCUGUUACGCCGCGGGCGGCCAUCUUGCCAUCAUAGACACCAAAGAAGAAGGUGAAUACAUCCGUGACGUGUUCAAACAAUCAGAACAAUCCAUAACUCCUAACGAAUUCGCUUUCAUCGGCUUUAGCGACUUGUUUCAGAGAUACCAUUACCGAACUGUUCUAGGAAAUCCAUUAAACGAGGGUCAGAUAGAUUGGGACUUCAAAUGUCCCGGAAAUCAUUCAAAAAAUGACGAACGUUGCGGAAGUUUGCGACGAAGCGGUCUCAUAGCGACGACCAGUUGUAAUGUGCCGGCCAUGUUCUUUUGUGAGAAGCCAGCGGUCGGCUCGUUUAGUAUACGAACUGGGCUCCAUUUAGAAAUAGAAAAGGAGCUGAGACGUAGAAAUAAUUUUGACAUUUAUGACGUUUGA